AUGUCUCGCCCUAUUGAGCCAUUGAAAGAGAUCAAUGAUUCAAAAGAUUUGUGGAAGAUCGCUGUUAGAUGCAAACAUCUAUGGACUGUCACAAGUUCUUUAAACAAAGAACACAUGGAGAUGGUUUUGGUUGAUUCUAAGCGUGAUAUGAUUCAGGCUGUUGUCCCUGCUUAUUUGCUUUCCAAAUUCAAAUCUCAAAUUGAAACAGGAAACUCUUAUAUCAUGCAAAAUUUUAAAGUUGGGAGGAAUGAUUUUGCUUUUAAGUCGACAAAUCAUACGCACAAAUUGUUGAAGGAAGAUUUGAUUGGAGGAAUCACUGAUAUCACUCAAACCCAAGUUAACGGUGACAACAACAAGAACAGAAUAGUUUUUUCAAUUGUAGAUGCCAGCAAAACAGUUGUACAAUGUACUCUUUGGGGCCAACUUGCAGUUCAGAUAUAUGAGUAUUAUAAGAAUAAUAAGCAAGCAUCAAAUAUUGUCAUUGUUCUAAUCAAUGCAAGGGUUAAAGAGGCUCAAGGAGGAUUUCCAGUUAGUGUUUCCAACACAUGGAAUGGAACGAAACUGUUGAUUAAUGACCUUGCUAUUGAGGAAGUCAAGAGUCUAAAAGAAAGACUUGGUGUUGAUUUGCCUUUGUUAUCAUCUUCAAGUGUACAAGUUGAGACGACGCAAAACUCAUUUUAUUCUGACUAUGACAAAUUUGAAACAACCUGUGUUACCGUUGCUACCCUCGAUAAGUUUGAUGCUGGGCAAAUGGGGUGGUACUAUGAUGGAUGUGUGGAAUGUACAAGGAGUGUGACUGCCAAGGAUGGAAAGCUGAAGUGUUUUAAGGAUCAUAUUAGCCCAGAACCUGUGCCACGGUAUAAGCUUGAUAUAACAGCUGUUGACGGCAGUUCGAAGGCAAAGUUCGUCUUUUGGGACACAGACUGCGUGAAGUUAAUUGGGAAGUCUGCUCUUCAAAUGAAGAUGGAUUUAACACAGUCUGUUGAUUACGAUCCACUUGAGUUCCCUUACGAACUUGACUCCAUAUUGGCAAAAGAAUUGGCAAUUAGAGCUGUUUAUCAGCCUAAAAAUGGGAGACUUUCUGUCAUUGGCUUCAAGACUGAUGAAGAUGUGCGUAAUAAAAUUAAGGAGAGUUUCAAAUUUGAAGAGGAACCUCUAUCUGCAUCUGCAGAAAAUGAUCUGAGCAUUGAAAAUUCAGGACUCACUCCAUGUAAGAGACUUAUGAAUGAUGCAGUAGAAGAUAAUGAUAGUGUACAACAAUCAUCAACAAAGAUGGCCAAAGAUAUUAAACAGGAGAAAUAG